AUGGACACAAAAGCUGAACCAGAAACCACCCUCGAGGACCAGAGACAUUGGCUCCAUGCUUCAGCGGCAGCCACUAACCAAAAUGGCGGCGGCGGUGGGACUCAAGACUGUGCCGACUGGUACAGGUCUGACACAUCUGAACAGGUACCUCACCCUACAGGAGACAUGAAGGGAUCAGCCCCGGUCACGCAACGUGACUUUCGCAAUCUGAUCACAGAGAUAAAGGGCCUAUUAGCAGCCGAUGUGGCAGUGAUAAAAGUGGAUUUACAAGCUGUAACGGACAGGGUAACCACAUCAGAGGGCCCGAAGACAGACCCUGCACAACGAACCAGCUCACAGGCACGAGACCCAAAGACAGUUGUCCCCUCCACCUCUGGAAUGCUCCCGUUCUCCUCACCAGGGACUUGA